AGCAGCAGAAGCCACACUGCACCUGCACUCCUACCCUAUAAAAAGAGGGGCACCGUGCAGCCCAACGAUCCUCACAGGCAAGAGAGAGGAAGAAGCACAAGUCCAGAAGCAAUGGAGGGGAGGAAGAAUGAGAGAGUGAAGGCCGGCGCCGUCUGCGUGCUCGUCAUCCUGCUGUCGGCCCAGCGGCUGUCGGUCGGGGUUGCCGACCCCACGUCGGCUUUCUGCCAGUGCUACCUGGGCUGCUUUGACCCAGACUGCGCUGGCGAAGGCUGGCAGAGGUGCCAUGAUUACUGCUGCGCCCAAGUGUGCCACUUACCUGGGGACGCCGACUUCGACUUGGAGUGCAGGGGCGGAUAUCACGCCUGCACGGAGUCCACCGGCGACGAUACCACUUCUACUACUACUGGUGAUGCUGCGGCCAGUUACUGGAGCGGCCGCCAUGGCCAGGUCAAGGCCAAGCACGGUCACGGCUAGACUCCUACCUCUGGGUGCGGCAUGGAAGCCGUCCUGGGACUGAUGAUCAUCAGAGUAGAUAUCAUGUAAUGUCUGGUUAUGACAGACGGUUGAUGUGCGUCUCAUUUACUAGUAGUACUAUAAUAAUAUAAUAAAGUCUCGGUGCGAUUUGGAA